CUUGUCCUUUCCGCCUGACUUCAAAGUAAAUUCAUCUAAUGAUGACCUUAUUGUCGUGGAUCACUGCCUUUCUGCUCAUCAGCACAACAGCAGCUGAUCAAGAGGCUAAACUCGACCACUUUCCAGAAAACUUUGUGGUGGCAAAACCAGGUGAUUCUGUCAGCCUUACCUGCCUUGCAACCACCACUGGACCUGUGACAUGGAAGUUCAACAACGACGAAUCCGGAUUUGAAGACUACAUGAGCAAGAAUGGCCAUAAUCUAAUUGUGAGGGAUGUGGAAGGACCCCUGCUGGGGGAAUACAGCUGCUGGAGAGGUGAAACAAAAUUAUCGUCGACCUAUCUGCUGCAGAAGACUGAGGAAGGAGAGGAUAUAGAUUCUUUGUUCACAUGCCGUGCAAAGUCCUAUGAUUGUAACUUCAGCUGCAGAUGGACUGAAGACAGACAUGAAGCUGUGCGCCUUGGAGUCGGCCCUGACUGCACUAAAGGUCUGCCAACAUGUCACUGGGUGAGCAGCAGUGGCCAGCCCAACAGCGAGGGAUUCCAGUUUGAGCUGACCCACACCCUCUCACCAUUUGGUGAGGAAAGCACCAUGCUGGAGGUCACCGCUGAGGCCAUCGACGACUUCGUCCUCCUCAGGAGAACCAAACAGUUUUAUCUUAGAGACAUCGUUGUACCUGACAGUCCCCGGAUUGUCAGCUUUGAGGUGCUGCAGUCGAAGCUGAAUGUCAGCAUCGAGCCGCCGUCCAGCUGGUCGACUCCUCACAGCUUCUUCAGUCUGGAGCACGAGAUUGAAUACGUGCUCAGAGACAAUGGAAAGACCAUAAGCUCUUUGUCUUCUCUGAUACCGAAGAAGAUCAGCAUGUUCAGGGCCCGCUCCAGAGAUCCGCUGGUGUCCUCACCUUGGAGUCAGUGGACUCCGUGGAAAAAUGGGAGGAAUUCAUGCCAAUGUAAAAAGAAACAGACAUCUGAGCUGUCACCCCAGUGUUUGGAACGCUGCAAGAGGAAAAUGGAGAAAAGAAGAACUAAACAUGCUAAGCAAAGUCAACAUCUUCUAUAAUUAAGGUGUUUUUGACAGAAACGUACACAUUUGAAGUGAGAGGGAAAGUGUUGGCACACAACAAAGAUCAAUUUAAGUUUUUAAUUAAAACAAAAACAGUUUUUCAUUUGAUGCAUUUACAUGAGUGAAGAACUAAUUAAGUCAUUGAGCUGUGUUGGAGUUAUCCGGUUUCAGAAUACAAAAAUGCAUGGAGAGUGGCUGCCAGACAUUUAGGAGGUUGAAGCAGAAAAACAAGGAAAGGAAUAAAACAUUAGCAGUAUGUGUGAAGUCACUGCCAGGUCAGUGGCCAGUAUGCACACAAUGGGGAUUUUUUUGACAGUUUGUGGUUUGCCUGAAGCUGGGAAACUCUAGUAUUGUACAAACAACCAAAUUUCACCCACAGGAUUGCAGUUGUGGGUUUUUUUCACCUUGUCUCUCCCUGCAGCUGUGGCACAUGACAACAUCGCUAUAAAAUCAUUGCAUUAAAUCCUCUAAUGUAUUGAAUGUGUCUGUUGAGUCAUCCAAUAAAUUAGAAAACAUUUGCUGCAACGUGGAUUAUUGGUCAGAAAAUUACAACUUUGAAACAUGUAUAAAACCUACAUUAGGUUCUCCUUUUAAAAAUGUUUGAUAUUCUGCUGUUAAUGUUUGGAUAUUCUGAUGUUAACUGUUGUGUUUCAUUAUAGCUGUAAAUUUAAAUUGUUCAUAAUCAGCAGAAAUAAAAGCUUCAAAACAUCGAUCCGUAUGUACUGAAACUGCAUAUGAAAAUAUUGUAUGAAACAGACAAAACAGCUUGAGAGAAUGACCUUCUAUAACUUUAAUACGUCUAAACACUGUAAAGAGAGAUUUUCCAGGACACAUGCUUUCUUAUUUCUUGCAGCUUUUCAAAGGUUUUUCUUUAUUUUAAACGAUUCCCUGUGUAAUAUUUAUUCAUUUUUAUUGAAAUUCUCCCCUUUCAGAUUUCCUUUCCUCCAUUAUUUUAAUGAUUUAUGAAAAAUAAAUCAUAUUUUUUUCAGUCAA